AUGUCUUCUGAUUCAAGACGUACUAGCGGCGGUGGUGGUGGCAGUGGUAGCAGUAAUAACAAAAAACUCACCCAAAAUGAUGUCAAGGAUGUCUAUGAUCCUCAUGUUACUUAUCUUUCGGGUGGAGUAGGUGUUGCUGGAGAAGACGCUACUUUGACGUAUAAUACUCAUCAGAGUCAACAUGCCCAUAAUCCUUAUACCUAUUCUGCAGAGUUGCAGCACCGUGCUGCAUUGCAAAGGAGACAACAACAGUUACAACAGCAGGAAUUACAACAUCAGCAGUUGCAGCAGUUCCAGCAGCAACAGAGAGAGUUGGCUCAGGCUCAGGCUCAGGUUCAGGCUCAAGUACAACAAGCUCAGGCUCAGGCUCAGACCCAAGUACAACAAUCUCAGGCUCAGGUACAUGUACAACAAUCUCAGGCUCAGAUACAGGCUCAAGUCCAGGCUCAAGUCCAGGCUCAGAUACAGGCUCAAGCAGAAGCUCAAAUGCAAGCAGCACAAGCAUAUCCAAUACAACAAACACAUGGUUACCCCACCAACCAACUCCAGCACAAUCUUUCACAACAACAACAACAGCAACAGCAACAGCAGCAGCAGCGAUUAUCAGAGUAUACAGAUGAUUUCAACCCCACUGAAAAUCUUCGAUCACAAUAUUCAGAAAAUGAAAUUAUCAAGACAUUUAGUAAUAAACCUGAUCUUGUAAAGUACGUGAAAUAUAUCCUAGGACCAGAGGAGAAUAGCCGAAUCGUAAUAAAUUCAUCUAAACCUAAAGCUGUUUAUUUUCAAUGUGAAAGAUCAGGAUCAUUUAGAACCACGGUAAAGGACCCUCAAGUAAGGCAAAGAAUUGCUUAUACAAAGAGGAACAAAUGUGCUUUUAGGCUAGUUGCUAAUCUAUACCCAUCCGAAAAGGAACAGAAGAAGAGACAAACAAAAGCUGAUGGAGGCAAUGGUGGGUUCAACAAUAAUCCGCAAGAACAUGACGGAGACAGAGGAUCGUCGAAUGAAAUGUGGAUAUUACGAAUGAUUAACCCACUGCAUAAUCACCCGCCAGAUCCAUCUAAUAAGAAAAAGAGACAAAAGACAUCGAGGACAUUGGUUGAGAGACCGAUUAAUAAGUCACAUCAUAGGCAAGCACAAGCAAAUGCAUUGUCAUCGCUGCAUGACCAGCAAGUUAUGCACCACCACCACAAUCACAAUCACAGCCACAACCUCAACCACAACCUCAAUCACAACCUUCACCUCCAUCAACAACAACACAUACCAUUUCAUUCUCACCAAUAUCAAUCGCAAUCUCAGCACAUUGAUACUUCAUUAUCAAAUAUUCCUGCGACGCCGAAUUAUAGCGAUUUAAUAGGACACUUGAGUAACAAUUUGUCUCAUAACCCACAAUCGCAACAUAGACAAGUAUCGUCUCAACAACAGCAUCUGUUGAUACAAUCUCAACAAUCCCAACAUGGCGUGGGGGCAAGCGUUCGUGGCAGUAGUAGUGGAGGAGGAGGAGGAGGUGGUGGUGGUGGUGUAGGAGAAGGAGAAGGAGAUAGCGGCGGAAACGGUGACACACUGUUGGAUCAACCAGAUGCUUCAGUUUAUGCGGCAUUGGAGGCUUCUACUAGAGGCACAAAUGCUUCAGGUGCUUCGGCUUCAAAUAAUAUUGCUGCUGCUGCUGCUGCUGCUGCUGCUGCUACUGCUGCAUUAAGUUCUCAGACUGUUGGUAAUGGAGGAGGAGGAGGCGGUGGUGGUGGUGCGGGAUUAGACCCGGUUAUUGAUCCUACUGUGGAUCCUAAUGUUCAAGCUCACGAUCAUGCUCAUAGAAUGGGAAAAGGUGGAUUCAUAUAG